UUUUCUUCCUCAGCAACUCUGCUUCUCCAGUUCCUGCUCCCUUGACGCUGAUCUGCGCGUGUCCCCCACGAACUUAGGUGCCCGAAGGUUCCUCGCGAGGACACCGGAUCACUACUGAAGUAAAAAAUGGUGAUUUUGCGACUAGGUCUGACGGAACCCGCUCAGCGCCUGCCUUGGGGCCCCGGCGUGCGGAGGAUACGCAGAUGGAGCAGCUUCCUCUUCCUGGAACCAUUUUCAUCUCGAAUGUAAAUGACUUUCCUUCUUCAUAGAUCAACAGAUCAUAUUUGUGUGAAUUUAUUUGGGGACUGUUCCAGGCUCUCUGAUCUGUUCUUUUUCACGAUAGUACUAUCAUGGCUCCAAUCUCUCUGUUUGUGUCACUUUGGUGUCUCAGUGACCUUUGAGGAUCUGGCUGUGAACUUCACCCAGGAGGAAUGGGCUUUGCUGGGUCCAUCCCAGAAGAAACUUUACACAGAUGUGAUGCAGGAAGUCCUCGGAAACCUGGCUUUUAUAGGAAACAAAUGGGAAGAGAAGAACAUUGAAGAUCAGAACAAAAAGUCUGGGAACAAUCCAAGGCAGAUCACAUCUCACUCUGGACACAAACAGUACAAGCAUGAGGAAUGUGAAGAAAAUCCAUGUGAAUUUAAACAAGGCAGGAAAUCUCUGGUUUCUCUCAAAAGAGUUCAAACACAAAUGUUAACACAAGCUGGAGAUGGACAUUAUAAAAGUACAGUAUGUGGGAAAGUCUUCAGUCGUUCCAGUUCCAUUCAAAGACAUGAAGAAACUUCUAUUGGGUGGCAACCCUAUGAAUGUAAACAACGUGGAGAGGCCUUUUCUUCUCUCACAGGGGUUCAAGGACACAUGAUAACACAUAGUGAAGAUAAAACUUUUAAGUGUAAGGUAUGUGGAAAAGCCUUUCAUUUUCCCUCUUUAUUUAGAAGACAUGAAAGAGUACGUUAUGGAGAGAAACUCCAUGAAUGUAAACAAGAUGGUCAAACCUUUAUUUCACUCACAAAUCUUCACAGUCAAACGAUCAUGCACACUGAGAAUGCACGUUUUAAAUGUAAAGUAUGUGGGAAAGACUUUGCUUAUCCCAGUUUAUUUAGAAUGCAUCAGAGAACACACACUGGAGAGAAACCCUAUGAAUGUAAGCAGUGUGGCAAAGCCUUCGCUAAGCCCUCUACCCUUCACUUACAUGAACAAACGCACACUGGAGAGAAACCCUAUGAAUGUAAGCAGUGCGGCAAAGCCUUUGCUAAGUCCUCCACCCUUCACUCCCAUGAACAAACUCAUACUGGAGAGAAGCCCUAUGAAUGUAAACAAUGUGGAAAAUCUUUUGCUAGAUCCAGUCAGCUUCACAUACAUGGAAGAACACAUACUGGAGAGAAGCCCUAUGAAUGUAAGCAGUGUGGCAAAGCCUUCACUCAGUCCUCUCACCUUCACUCACAUGAAAAAACUCAUACUGGAGAGAAACCCUACGAAUGUAAACAAUGUGGAAAAGCUUUUGCUACAUCCCAUCAUCUUCACACACAUGGAAGAACACAUACUGGAGAGAAGCCCUAUAAAUGUAGACAAUGUGGAAAAGCUUACACUACUUCCUCUUACCUUCAAAUACAUGAACGAACUCAUACUGGAGAGAAGCCUUAUGCAUGUAAGCAGUGUGGCAAAGCCUUCACUCAGUCUUCUACCCUUCACUUACAUGAGCGAACUCAUACUGGAGAGAAGCCUUAUACAUGUAACCAGUGUGGAAAAACCUUUGCUAGAUCCAGUGACCUUCACAUACAUGAAAGAAUGCAUACUGGAGAGAAACCCUAUGAAUGUAAACAAUGUGGAAAAGCCUUUGCUAGAUCUAGUGACCUUCAGAUACAUGGAAGAUCACAUACUGGAGAAAAACCCUAUAAAUGUAAACAAUGUGGAAAAGCCUUUGCUAGAUCCAGUCACCUUCAUAUACAUGAACGAACUCAUAUGCAGAGAAAUCAUACUAAUGAAAACAAUUAGCAAAGUCUUCUGUUUUUACUACUGUACUCAUAAACACGUAGGAAGUUUACUGGAGAAAAAUCCUUGGAAUGUAAAUUGUGGUAACUCAAUAUUCCUUGUCAAUUUGAAAGACUAGAAAGGACUCACACUGCAGAAUAUUUUUUGGGGGGUGGGGGGGUGAUUUAGUCCAGUGGUGCUCUACCACUGAACCAUAAUCCCCAGUUCUUUUUACUAAAUCUUUGGGAUUACAGGUGCAUACCACCAUGUCUAACUGAAUAACUCUUUAAAUGUGAAAAUUUGACAACUCAUUCCAUUUUCCCAGUUGUCUUCAAAGCCAUUUCACUCACACUGGAAAAAAAAUCCCUGAAUGUGUAAUGUUUCAUUUUUCUACUCAUAUAUGGAAAUACUCAUGGAGAGAAGCCCUGUGAAUGUGAGAAAUGUGGGACACCUUCUAGUUUUGCCAGUUUCUUCUAAGGACUGAGAUGAUUCUUAUUGAAUGAUUGAUUCAUGCAAAAAUAAAUAAAUCCUAUUCAAGUAAGAAAUGUAAAGCCUUCAGAUGUUCCAUUUUUGUUCAGUUGUAUGAAAGGACUCAUACUGUAAAAAACCCUGUGGAUAAGCAAUGUGGGGCAGUAUUCGACUUUCACAGUUUUCUUCAAAUGUCGUGGGGCAAGUCACUCAGAAAAUACUGAGUCCCAGUUUUGUCCAAAUUGAAGAGUCUUUAUUUCAACCGGCCAGGACUUCUUGUUACAGGACUAAGUUAUCUCUGCAGGAAAACAGCCUAGAAUCUCAAUAUUUUAGGAUAUAUAAAGGCAAAAACCUCAUCCAGGUUGACAGAGCAAGCAGCAAGCAAGCAAGGCAUGCAAACAGUAAUACAAAGUCUGAAUAAAGUCAGUAGUGAAACAAU